AUGGCUUGCGUGGCUUUGCAUGGCCGGCUGAACUAUCACACUCCAGCACCUUCCCGAAUCAGCUUCAAAAUUUUAGCCCCACGUUCACGUCAGAAAGUGAUCAAGACACCCGCACCUCAGCAACUCAUGGAGCUCACGACCCGACGUGGAAGGCUCAUAAAGAUUACGCACCUCAACGGAGAGCCCAGCUCUGAACCGUGCCACAGUCCCAGCCACAAUGGCCCGGCCCCAAGGCUUGACUCAAGGCCAAGCUCCAAAAAGAGCAUCAACAACUAUGAAACGAGCACUGUCAGAGUAUCUCAUCGUCUUCCUCUCGUCUUCGUCGUCGUCUUUGAACUUAAACAACAAACUCCGAGAGAAAGCUUUCAUUGCACGCAAAAGUUUGAUAAAAUACACAGACAAAGAGGGAAAGUUUCCAACUUUGAACACAACUACUUCAACUAA